AUGGCGGCUGAAGUACAGGUACUAAUAGUAUCAAACGCUCCGCUCAUGCUGUCUCUUCCAAAGCCGCCGACAGUAGUUCCUCGCAACCCUCCAUCGGCUAUGUUUGCGAUGCUGCAUCAGCAGCCGCCUUUCCCGAUGCAAGGGCACGGGUCAAUCAAGCACUUCGGCACAGGCGCAGGCUUAGGCUCGGGAGCUGCGAAGGCGAUUGUGGCGAGCGUGGCAAGGGCGACGACGACGACCGUGAAACGCAUGGUGUGUGUAUGA